CCCUCCGGAAAAAACAGUUCUAUUUUUCUCUUGACACGUAGCAACGGAGUUGGCAUAGUACAUAGUAAACUUGUGUUACAUUCCAGCUAGCUAGCUUGCAAGCUAGCAAACCCUCCCAUAAUCUGUGCUUCAGCAGCGAGCCAGCUAACGCUAGACGGUGAGAAAUGUCAGCGUUUGACAGCGACUUCUACCAGUCAAGUUACAGUGUAGACGACCAAGGCCAAGCUGGAUAUGGCUAUAGCAACUCGGAAGACCCCUACAACAAGCAAUAUGGCCAGUAUGACUAUUCCCAGCCGAUGGGCUACGCUGCCGCAGGGGUGAUGACUCCGCAGCAGCCUUACACGGGCCAGAUAUACCAGCCCACCCCCACGUUCACCCCCACCCCCACACAGUCCAUGUACAGCAGCAGCUUUGAGGACGAACCACCUCUCCUGGAGGAGCUGGGCAUCAACUUUGACCACAUCUGGCAGAAGACGCUGACCGUGCUGCAUCCGCUGAAGGUGGCCGACGGUAGCAUCAUGAACGAGACGGACCUGGCGGGCCCCAUGGUGUUCUGCCUGGCCUUCGGGGCCACCCUGCUGCUGACAGGGAAGAUCCAGUUUGGCUACGUGUACGGCAUCAGUGCCAUCGGCUGCCUGGGCAUGUACUGCCUCCUCAACCUGAUGAGCAUGACCGGGGUGUCCUUCGGCUGCGUCGCCAGCGUCCUGGGCUACUGCCUGCUUCCCAUGAUCCUACUCUCCAGCUUCGGCGUGGUCAUCUCCUUGCAAGGCAUGAUGGGGAUCGUCAUCACGGCCGCCAUCAUCAGCUGGUGCAGUUUCUCCGCCUCCAAGAUCUUCAUCUCGGCCCUGGCUAUGGACGGCCAGCAGGUGCUGGUGGCCUACCCCUGUGCCCUCCUGUACGGCGUGUUCGCCCUCAUCUCCGUCUUCUGAAGGCACACGUGCCCCCCCUCUCUCCUCUAUCUGUCCCCGAGUCCCAAGCCUCUACCAUCAACCCCCCACCCCCACCCCUGCUGGCCUCUCCCCCAGCCCCAGUGUGCUCUCCUUCACUCCUUCCCCCGCCCCUCCCACCCCCCAUGGGUUGAGACGCCAAAGGGUCAGUGUGAAAACGCCAGUUGGACGCUUGAAACGACCUCCAAGCCCGUCGCUUGGCGUCCACACCGAUCCGAUGAGUCGGGAGAGGGGAGGGGGGGCGGGGUGAACACGUGCACGUUGGAUUCAGUAGUAAAGUAUCGGGACUCAUGGACAGAACGGACUCGGACACCACGCGCCGGGCGCUCCGGCUCGGCAAAACCCAACUAAACUGUAGGACGAGGAGAGAGGCUCCGCACGCCACUUUUUUCACCCGGCGGUGACGCCACACUUCCCCCCCCCCCCCCCCCCCGUCACCCGUCACCCUCUCCAAG